ACAGGCUGAGGCAUAAAUCACUGAUCACUUAUUUCUAUGACACUAAAACCAAAACAUUCUUGGUUGCAUAGGAGACACCCAUGGACCUCACCACCUGGAUGAACAACUACACUGGACAGUCAGAUUUCACCCUGGUGGGACUCUUCAGUCAAUCUGAACACCCUGCCCUGCUUGCUGUGGUCAUAUUUGUGGUUCUCCUGAUGGCCUUGACUGGGAACGCCCUCCUGAUCCUGCUGAUACUCUCUGACACCCACCUCCACACACCCAUGUACUUUUUUAUCAGUCAGCUGUCCCUCAUGGACAUGAUGUACAUUUCUGUCACUGUGCCCAAGAUGCUCAUGGACCAGGCUCUGGGGAGCCACAAGAUCUCAGCUGCUGCCUGUGGGAUGCAGAUGUUUCUCUAUGUGACACUAGCAGGGUCAGAAUAUUUCCUUCUGGCUGCCAUGUCCUAUGACCGCUAUGUGGCCAUCUGCCAUCCACUUCGGUAUCCUGUCCUCAUGAACUACAGGGUUUGUCUCCUGAUGAUAUCUGUCUGUUGGGUCCUGGGAUCCUUGGAUGGCUUCAUGUUCACCCCUGUCACCAUGACCUUCCCAUUCUGUGGAUCUCGGGAGAUCCAUCACUUCUUCUGUGAGGUCCCUGCUGUGACAAAGCUCUCCUGCUCAGACACCUGGCUCUAUGAGACCCUCAUGUAUGUGUGCUGUGUGCUUAUGCUUCUCAUUCCUGUGACAGUCAUUUCAGGCUCCUAUUCAUCCAUC